AUGGUUGAUGGAUGGAUGUCGUUCAAUUACAUCUUGAUGAAACUUAUGUUCGUCGUGAAUGCCGCCUUACAAAUUCUCAUCCUUCACUAUUUCCUUGGUUUCGACUGGGGAGACCUUCUACACCUGAAACCUCGCGGUUCAACAGCCGAACUUGAAAAGCCAAACUGCGAUUGUCCCCAGAUCGACCAUGUGCGGGACUUUGAGGUGCGAAAUAAAGGAAAUCUGCAGAGAUAUUCUGUGCAAUGUGUGCUGUCGUUGAAUAUGUUCAACGAAAAGAUUUUCUUAGUGCUGUUUUACUGCGUUGAUUUACCUGUUCGUUUAUUAUUAUCUCAGAUGACUUUGGUGAACUUCUGUCUUUGGUUGCGUAAACUGUACUCUCGUGCUGAUCAGCUUAUUUUCGUUCGGAGGAUGCUGGAGAGUGCUGGAAUUCAGAGGAAAAACUUUUUGGUCAAGGAUGAGUCCGAAAAGCAGUUUAUUGACGACGACGACAAUGUAAUAAACACAUUCAAGGUGCAACGUUGGCAAAAUCAGCACACUGAAAGCAGAGGUAUCAGAGCCUGA